GGUGUGUACUUGAUGGUCUUCAGCUUCGAAAAGGGGAAAAAUGGCGCUCCAUUGCUCUCUCUCCUCGCUUCCAUCCCUUCUCCAUGGCGGCAAGCUCUUCACCCCCAAUCCCUCUCUUCUCCUCCCUCUCCCUCACCAUCGGGCCUCCUUCUCGCCGAAUGCUUGCCAUUCAGUAUUCUCUUCGUUGAUGUUAGUUCGUCGUGAUUUUCAAUGGAUGAGAACUAUGGCGUAUGAGGAGACAUCGUCGGUUUCUGUGGUUUCUGAGACGGUGGAUGCUCAACGGGAUGAGGUGGAACCGAAGAGUGUGGGGGAAGUUCUUGAGAGUAGCGAGGUUGAAGAGAGUGAGGCUGUGGCUUUCCUGGAUAAGCUUAAUCUCAAGUUGGACACUGAAGACACAUACAGCAUUGUCAUUUAUGGAGUUGGUGCUAUAGCUGCUUUGUGGAUAUCAUCAGGAAUUGUUAGGGCCCUGGAUGCUGUGCCUUUGUUCCCAAAAAUCAUGGAAAUUGUUGGACUUGGCUUCACAAUCUGGUUUAGCUAUCGGUAUCUGAUAUUCAAGAAAAACAGAGAUGAGUUGUUUGCAAAAAUUGAUGAUCUCAAGGGACAGAUUGUAGGGUCUGAUGAUGAUUGACGUAAGAGAUAUCUAGAAUUAUCCCGCAAUUAUCUUUAAUGAGAAUACAUCUAUGCAAAUUCAACCAAUGCUGGAAUUCUGUUAUACAAACUCAGUUUGAGAGCUGGCGGUACAUUUGAGCAAUCUGCACAUGAAAGGUAUAGCUUUGGAAAGUCUCCAGUUUGCUGUAAAAGGUUGCGUCUAUGCUCUUAUGAAUCAUAUGAUUGUAUGCUGUUAUGCUGUCACUUGAUUAAUCCUUUACCAGAGAAUGGGACUUAUUCAUUACUUCA